GCGAUCUUGUCCAUUGGAUUGGUGUGUUUAAUGGUUGAGAUCAAAUCAAUGGCAAGAUUGUAAUAUUCAACUAAAUUUAAUAGAAUGUUUUAAAUGAUGAGGGGCAAAAUCGUCUUAACAGUGUUUUAAAACAAUCAAGUAUAACCGUCAACACAUCACAUCUCCUUAAUCCACGCGAAGUUCCCUCUCUCUCAUUUUCUCUCUCUAAACCAUCGAGGAAAUCAGAAAAAAUUCAUACCAAAAAUACCGAGAAUCAUGGAUGAAGAUAAGAGAUUUUCAACCUUUUAUAUACGUAAGAUCAAUUGGACAUUGGUUGCUGUGUUUUAGAAGGCGAUUAGGGUUCGAUAGUUGUCUACAUUGAGGUGUUUUAUGUUUGCAGGUAAGAAAUUCAAAAAAAAGACGAUUUAAACAAGAUGGAUUCCAGCAAAAUCAAAGUCGGUGAAAGUGAAAACCCAGUAUCCGGGAGCAAAGUUGUAGUAGCAGAAUGGAAAGGACAAUUCGAAAGUGAUCCUGCACGCUUGACGCCUGUUCAAUUCAAAACAUACAUGAAGGGGCAACAAGCUAGCGGACGGAUCUUUGUGUUGAACUUUUUGUUGUUCUACAACACACUUCUGGGAGAGACAACUACGAAUUCAUCAAUUAAUAUGAAGUUUUUACCAGCCUUGCGUCGAGGGAAGGAUAUCAAAAGUUUUAACUGGUGUGAGUACAUGAUCAGAUAUCUGGAUCGAACGGUGGAAGCAUGGACACCAAAGGAGCCCUUCCUUGGACCAAUGCCAUUGCUAGUGGCUGCGUUGAUACGUGACCAGAAGAUAUACAAAGAAGGUGAACAAAGAGCAACGCAUCUCAUCGAAGAUAUCAAUGAUGACGAUAUCGAGGCAGCAAGCAUAAAGUUGGACUCGGUCAGAUUAGAUCAAAUCUUAGUGGAAGAGUAUGAGUUGCAACCGGAACAAAGGUAUCCAUUUGCAAAAAAGAGUGAUGAUGACAUCGAAGCAGAAGUAGUGAAAACAAAGCAAAAAGAUGAACCCAAGGCUGAAAAACACAUUACCAAAUGUGUUCCGGAAAAAAGGAAAAAAUCUGUUGUGAAGCCGGCCGGUAAAACACAUGGUAAACCUCCGGUCUCACCGGUACCGAAAAAAAAAACAGACUGAAAAGCAACUGCCGAAAGCCAGAGAAGCUGGGAAGAAGAAAAUUUGUAAUGAAAGUGGCCCGGAAAAUGCGCGUGUUGUAGAUGAAAUCCCGGUUAAUGCGGGUUUCCAUACCGAUUUCGCAGAUUGCAUGAAUGAAGAAGCUGGCCAGGAACGAGUGCCUUUUAUAGAUACAUCUGAUAUAGAAAGAUACUACCGAGAAACCGGCGAGUGGGGACAAACACAACAAAGUCAGCCGGGAAUUAGCUCAUCUAUGGCAUCUCAAUAUGGAUCGACACCAGCGACACAAAGCGACGAGGUACAUGCGGGAAUGUUGGAGGUGUUCUUGAAUCAAUUCGACGAAUGUGUAAAAAGGAUAACCGACACUUUUACAGAAGGUUUCCAAUUGUACCCCCAAAGUGAAAAAAUCAAAGAAGUACACAAAUUGUGGACAGAUAAGUUGAAAAAGGUCGGAUCACCGUGUACGACAACCAAACAGCCACAGACUCCUGAUGAUAAAACACCGGAAAAAGAGGCAAAUAAGGAGAAUUUGGAUAUGUCACAGUUGUCGCAGUGGACACCUUCAUUGGCAGAAGAGGUAUGCAAGACGGUUGACAAGACAACCACACAGACGACUCAGCUUGCAGUAAUUGAGCCGCCCGCACAGAAGACUCAGGUUGAAGAAAUGGAGAAGACCGCACUCGCCGUCACACCAAUCUCCCAGAAAACACAGGAGGAGUACGAAUAUGCGAUUAGACGUGGGCAGCUUAUACACGAUCUGGAUCUUGGAAAGCCGAAAAUAAGACCGGAAAGACAAACAGAGUUGACCGAUGCUCUAAGGUCUCCUUACGUGAAGCGGGCAGUGUCGAUUAAGGCAAAGCUUGAAAACGCUGAGCUCUCCGUCAGCUCAUACAUGUUCUCAGCCUGGGGAUCAAUGUGGGAUGUUGUCUUUAGAACUAAGAAAGGAGUGCCGGUGAUGAGAUCUCCGCUCGAAUCAUUAUUGCCGGGAAUCGAGGUGCACAUAUUGGUAAUAAGCGCGUGGGCGGAUUUGUUGAAUUACGAAGAAAAAUUCAAGCAAAAGGGGAGCAUCGCACGCCUGUUCUGUUCAGUAAAUAUGUUGAAUGAAGACGACUACAUUAAAAAUGCAAAAUCAAGAGCAAAAACGUUCGGAGACAACAUGGAACCGGUUUUAGUUUCAGCUGAUGUCAAAAAGAUACCUGAACAUGCCCUCAUCUUUGUACCAGUCUUACACGAAGCUCAUUUCUAUUGUGUAUGCUUUAAUUUAAGGGACAUGAAGGUAGAAGUUUUGGACAACAGCGCUAAGGAAGUCUCAAUGCAAGCGAAAUACAAAAAAAGGCCGGAAAAAUUGCGUGAUGCUUUAUCGGUGUACUUGGAAAAAAAUGGGCAUCCGGCGGGCGGGGUGAUCGAUAAAGUUGAGCCGGUACGAUUGGAAAUGCCAUGGCGUACAAAAAAUAAUGUAAUCGAUUGUGGCGUCUUCCUGAUGCGCCAUAUGGAAACAUACAAGGGCGUAUCUGGAAAAGGUUGGGAAUGCGGAUUCUCAAAUGAGUGCACUGAUGCGGGUGAGAUUUCAUACAAGCAGAGCAAAGAGAUUGAUGAUCUGCGGCGUAAGUACAUUACGAAGAUGCUCCUAAGUGAAGGAAACGAGUACAGAGGUUUUGUUAAAGCUGAGGUUGCUAAAUAUAACAAGUUGUCGGCGGAUGAAAAAAAGAGGCUAGAAGCAAAAGCCUAUGACACAAUCCUUGCAAGAUUGGAUAACUAGCUUAAAAUGACAUGUUCUCGAAAAAAAAACUUUGUUAGCGGUAGUUUGUUGACGUAUUGUGCACUGAUUUUCUUAAAACCCAGUUUAACCGUUUUGUUCAGUUAUCUCAGUGACUUUAACAAGUACGAAUAUGUUAAC